CACUGUUACAGCAGAACUCUCUGACUCUGACCAUAUUGGGCUGCCAAGCACAGAGGAGACAGAGGAUGCUAUAGUUCCCGUCAGCCCUACAGGAGUCUUCAUAGAGAUCACCAGUGAUCUGCGUGUUGACCUCCGCUCACAGGGUGUGUCUAGUGACAUAGGCCAGGGGUCAACCCAACCUACAGAGACUGAAUCUCUUCAGGGAGACAGCACAGAACCCUCUGCCUUAGAUCAGGAAGCCACGCCGCUGAGGAGGAUAAAGAUUACCGUGGGAACAGACUCUACUGUGUGUAACAACGAGGUCCAGAGCCAGCUGAAGGAGCUAGAGAUCCAUCACAGCAUCUCUGGGCCUGAACCCUCUCCCUGCACCGUGCCACCCUCCAUCCUGUCUCUGUCCUGCCUCUCUGACUCCAACAACAACACCAAGGCCAGCGAAGGGUCGGUGUCGGGGUCUCCCAGUACAAGGGGUAAGGGGCCAGAGCAGUGGUCCUCCAAGGUAGAGGUAGCCCCCCAGAGCAGCUCAGAGGAGGGUGGGGAUAAAACCCCUGAUGAGUCCCCUUCCCUGACCGAGCCCUCCACGUUUACCUCUGACCUCCUGGGGGAGACCACAGAGACACCAGACAGCCCCCUAGAAUGCCCCCCUGAGGACUCUGAGGAGUUCCUGUCCUACCUUGCCUACAAGCACUAUUGGAGCAGUGAGGACUCAGCCGUGUCCGGGUUGGGGGACGAGUGUCACUUCAGCUUGGCUGAGGUGGAGGAGCUAGAGAGGCUACAGGGAGAGGGCCUUGGAGACGUCCUUUAUCAGAACCAUACUGCAACUACAGGCUGUAGGAGAGAUAUCUCUAACCAUACAGACACUAUAGGCUGUAGCAGAGAUAUCUCUAACCAUACAGACACUAUAGGCUGUAGGAGAGAUAUCUCUAACCAUACAGACACUAUAGGCUGUAGGAGAGAUAUCUCUAACCAUACAGACACUAUAGGCUGUGGGGAGGUUGUAGAGGGGGUAGUUAAUUCUAAUUGUGCUGCUAACAGUCCUUCAGACCUCUCUGAACCCUUAGCUUCCUACCUGGAGACCAGAGGCCUGCUAUUGGACAGCGCGGAGAAAGAGGAGGUGCAGAAGUCCAGCCCCCACCAAUCCCCUAACACUCCCUCAGAUGGAGACAGACAGGACUGUAGCAAAUCACCUGGGGCUUUAGGAUUAGAAGACAGUUUGUUUGCUGAGGAGUCCAGCUCGUACAGCUCCUACCUCCAGACCAGCUCUCACCCUGCCCUCCUGCAGCAAGAUCGUGGUGUGAGGAUUGUGAGGUACCCCUACUCCGACGUCAGUCUCAACCUGCUCUCCCUCAGUAGCCUCGAGCCCAUCCUAGAGACAGACUCCGACCGCUCCCUGGACAACCCUAGUAUUGUGGAGGAUGUGACUGGAGUAGAGGAGGAGGAGGAGGAGGAAGAAGAGGAGGAGGAGGAGCGAAGACAGAGUGUUAGGAUGAGGCCCACUGAGAAAGACAGGGACAGUGUUGUCCUGUCUGGUGACAUCAUCCUGUCCAACUCCACCUCCGGCCUUAAGAGCCCGUCGUUGUGUCUCCCCGAGGACUCAUCCAGUAUCGAGUCAUCAGAGCACCAACUGGACUCGUUGACCUUUGACCCCGAUGACCUCAGGGUUAUGACCUUACCAAACGACAGGGACCAUGCAAGCAGCGAGAGACGCUCCAGUCCAACCCCCACCUCUGUGUCCUACGACUUUGAUACCACCAGCACUAACAGUGAGGAGAUGGAAGAGUCCAUCCUGCCUGUCUCGGGGGGGAACACCAACCUCCUCAAACCCAUGAAGAGCAAGUCUAAAGGCAGCCAGGCAGGGAGGUCCAAGAGCUCCAAGUUCUCUGUCUUUGCCAAGAUGCCUUCUUUCAGGAAGGGGAAGAGUCUGAAGAAUGCCAAGGGGGAGGACUUGCCCCAGGACUCACCAGACCUGGGCCUGAGCAGGGAUAUGGGGGGAGGACAGGUGGGACAAGGGGGAGACACCUCGGAUGAUGACAAUGUUUUCUUGAAGGGGGACAUCCUGAACCAGACGGUUCAGCAGUCCUUCUCCUCCGGUCUGGGUGGUCGCUACGAGACAGAGCAGGAGGAUAACGGCUUCUUCCCCUCCACACCGCGCACCCGCCAUGUCCGCCUGCUCUUCAGGGAUGGGCCUGGGGACACCCCCCUGACCUCCCAGCCCGGAGGUCUCAGACACAACCAGACCGGGGCCCCCGAGGGCCUGCACGGCUACAAGAGGAGCAAGAGCUCUGACAGCCUCAACCUUCGCAUGCGCUUCGCCCAGGCCCACAAGUCCCUGUCCAGCCUGUUUGAGUCUCGCUCCAUGGACAAGGAGAACGAGGAGGAGCAGGUGAACAUUGAGACUGGGAGCGAAGGGGAGGUGGGGCGAGCCAAACAGUCCUGGAGGAGGCUAAAGAGAGAGAGGGCCAAGGAGGCGGAACUGCUGAGGAGGACCCUGUCUGUCCCGGUCGGGGACGGGGACAAGGGAGGGGACGGUGAGGAUGGGGGUGUGAGGACGCCCAGACAGAUCCAUAGUGACUAUGCGUCCCGCUCUGCCUUAGUGCUCAGUGUCCCUGGGUCCCCCUCCUCUCUCAGGGCCCUGUGUCUCACCGACCCCCUCACUAAGAGGGGCUUCCAGGACAGUCACAGCGUGGCCGAGGAGAACACCCCACUGGGCUGCAAGUCAGAGGGCCAGAGGAGGAAAGGGAAAGUCCUGCCCAACGGCCUGUCAAUAAACUUCUCUGACUCCGGACCGCCCUCCUCGGACGACUCUGAAGCCCCACCCACAAACGAUUCCAGCCCCCUGUCGCCCAUGAGCCCCGCCUCCCUGGCCACCCUAGCCAAUCAGCUGUCUUGGUCCAGCUCCAGGUCCCCAGGAGGAGCCUUUGAGAGCACAGCGUCUAGCAUGGCAGCAACACCAGACACCCCAGUGAGACCCAUGAGCCCCAAGCCCCACAGCCCCAGACCGGCUGCCCAGCACAGGCCCUUCCGCUACCCCCACUCUGCCUCAGCCCGGGCCUCAGCCCUGUCCCUGGUCCUCAUGCCCCAGUCAGCCAGUGUAGAGGGCUUGUCUGACCCACCAGAGAAGCCCAAGACCCUGAAGCCCAGAGCGGGGCCGCUAGGCUCCUCCUCCCUCAGUCCAUUGGAGGACAGUGGAGUGGACAGCCAAUCACAGAUCAGCCUGCUUACACCUAUGUCCAUCAACCAGUUUGAGACUCAGGGUGGCUGUAGACCCACCAGCCAGGCAGGAGGAGAGAAGAGGCUAGCAGAGCUGAAGACUCCUGGGUCUGGACUCGUCACUACUGCCUCAGCCCUCAGACCACCACGAGGCCACAGGCCGAACAGGGAGAGGGACAGGGGUCCAAGACGCCACCGCUGCUCCUCAGACGACCUGUGGAUCGAAGAGGAAAAGAGACGGAAGCGGAAGCUGGCCCGAGUCGUGAGGGGCAGCCUGGGACAACUCAACACCCACUGUCCUGAAGAUCUGGAGAAAGCACGGGCUCGAGUGUCCCUGUCGACCAUGGAGGAGUUCUCCGGGAUUCCCCUGAAGGCCCACUGCUUCUCCCAGAGCACCCCCAUCGGACUUGACUGUCUGGGCUGGAGACGACGCAUCUCCUACCCCUCGGUGAUAGUACCAGAUGGAAGUGGAGAGAAGGCCGGUCUGGGUCUGGGUGAUGAUCUAGGCAGUGAUGAAGACCUGUAUGAAGAGUUCCGCAGCUCCGGACAUCGCUGUGGACACCCAGGGGGAGGUGGAGAACAACUGGCCAUAAAUGAGCUGAUCAGUGAUGGCAGCUGUGUGUACGCCGAGGCUCUCUGGGACCAUGUCACCAUGGAUGACCAGGAGCUGGGCUUCAAGGCGGGGGACGUCAUCGAGGUAGUGGAUGCCACCAACAAGGAGUGGUGGUGGGGACGCAUCCUGGACAGUGAGGGCUGGUUCCCAGCUAGCUUUGUUCGGUUGCGUGUGAACCAGGAUGAGCCCAUGGAGGAAUACCUAGCCCAGCUGGAGGAGGCUGGGGCUGGGGAAGAGGACCGGCCAGGGGUGGGUCUGAUCCUGGGACCAGGCCUGCCGUGUAAGGACCAGAUGAGGACUAACGUUAUCAAUGAGAUCAUGAGCACAGAGAGAGACUACAUCAAACACCUCAAAGACAUCUGUGAGGGUUACAUCAAACAGUGCCGUAAGAGGAUAGACAUGUUCACAGAGGAGCAACUGCGGUGUAUAUUCGGCAACAUCGAAGACAUCUACCGCUUCCAGAAGAAGUUACUGAAAGGUCUGGAGAAGAAGUUCAACAAGGAGCAGCCGCACCUCAGCGAGAUCGGAUCCUGCUUCCUGGAACACCAAACAGACUUCCAGAUCUACUCGGAGUACUGUAACAACCACCCCAACGCCUGUGUGCAGUUGUCCAGACUGAUGAAGACCAACAAGUACGUGUUCUUCUUCGAGGCUUGUCGUCUGCUGCAGAAGAUGAUUGACAUCUCGCUGGAUGGGUUCCUGCUCACACCCGUCCAGAAGAUCUGCAAGUACCCUCUGCAGCUGGCCGAGCUACUGAAAUACACCAACCCUCAGCAUAGGGACUAUAAGGACGUGGAGGCUGCCUUGAACGCCAUGAAGAACGUGGCCAGGCUGAUCAACGAGAGGAAGCGGCGCCUGGAGAACAUCGACAAGAUCGCCCAAUGGCAGAGCUCCAUAGAGGACUGGGAGGGAGAAGACAUCCUCAGUAUGAGUUCAGAUCUGAUCUUCUCUGGAGAGCUGACAAAACUCUCCCAGCCUCAGGCCAAGAGCCAGCAGCGCAUGUUCUUCCUCUUCGACCACCAGAUGGUCUACUGCAAAAAGGACCUCCUGCGCAGGGACAUGCUGUACUAUAAGGGUCGUAUGGACAUGGACCAGAUGGAGGUGGUGGAUGUGGAGGAUGGGAAGGAGAAGGACUUCAACGUGUCGGUGAAGAACGCUCUGAAGCUGCGCUCGCUGGCGGGGGACGAGGUCCACCUUCUGUGUGCCAAGAAGCCUGAGCAGAAACAACGCUGGCGCCGAGCCUUCCAGGACGAGAGGACGCAGGUGCAGCACGACCUCGAAACAGGAUUCUCCAUCACUGAGGUCCAGAAGAAACAGGCCAUGCUGAACGCCUGCAAAAGCCAUCCAGCUGGGAAGCCCAAAGCGGUGACUCGGCCCUACUAUGACUUCCUGCUGCGUCAGAAGCACCCGUCUCUGCCCAGCACCGUACCCCAGCAGCAGGUCUUCAUGCUGGCUGAGCCCAAACGCAAGGCAACCACCUUCUGGCAAAACAUCGGCAGACUGACGCCUUUCAAGAAGUGAAACGUCGGAGAGGAGAGGAGGAUUAGAGGAGAAAGGCUAACGCCUGAACUGACUUUUUUAUCCCCGAUCCUUUUUUUUCCUUCUCUCGUUUGUUCUUUGUUAUACAUGAUGUUAUCCUAAUUCAUAUACUGAUUAUUGUGAAAGAUCAACAUGAUGAUGAUGAUGAUGAUGAUGAUAUUUUUUCUUUGAGAAAGCACUUUAUAGGUUGGUUACAAUCAGACUUGGGAAUAGUUCUCCCGGACAUCGUGUAUACGUUGGGAGAAUGUUACUAGGACUAUUAUACCUGCUACUGCUACUACAACUUCAACCAAGCACCGAUUGGUACUAAUAUUACUACUGCUGUGUGAUCAUGUGACUGCCAAUGAGGCUCCUCUUUUUGGAAAGACGUUGACUGACGCAACUAAAUGAUUUUUUCCCCAGUGUUUUUGUUUUGUUUCGACAAAUGCCAACUGUUCACAGUGCCAGAUCAAUUUUGCUUUUGUAUUUAAGUUUGUGCUGUGUCUGCUAUUGAAAAAAAGGUGAAAAAGGGGGAUAAAGUUUAUUGUACUUCUCUUUGUGCAAA